AUGAGUGUAGCUCAAGCUUCAGAGUGUUCCCACAAUUGCACAAAGUUCGGGAAUCCAAGUUCAAAUUAUAUGGAUUCUUCAGAAUGUCCCGUAAAGCCAACAUCUGGCGAACAACCCGGAUUGUCCUGCCCUUAUAUUGGUGAGGUUGGCAGCUGUCCCGCCACCAGUGGAUGUUCUUCACACUCCCUGUGUCUCGGAACAUCGGAGGAAAACUCUGGAAAUUCACCUACCUCUAUGCGAAUAUCUUCUUCUAUAAAACGCACCGGAACAGAUGGAACUUGGCUGUACCCAUCGAUAGAAAUGUUCAAAGCGGCAAUGUUAAGAAAAACAAUGGCAAAAAAAGAAACAGAUGGCAUUUCAAGUCAGUUGAAGGUUGAAGAUGUUAAUUCGUUGGACAAAUCGACACUUUUUGCCAUUGUACACAUGCACAACAUUGUCAACGAACAGGCCUGGCAGCAUGUUUUAAAAUACGAAAGGCUUCACGAUUGCAAAGAACCCUCACUUUCCAGUUUUUGCGGCAAGCCAGAAGAGCUGACAAUCAAGGCACGGCUUUGGAAAUUACUAGGCUACGCACCUCCAUUUGAUCGACACGACUGGUUCGUUGACAGAUGCGGAUGCUCUGAAAAGCCCAUCAGAUACAUCAUUGACUUUUACGAGGGCCAAAAAAAGCUAUCUCUUGUCGAGGGAAAAGAGAUACGCGUGCCUUCCAUUUAUCUGGAUGUAAGGCCAGAGCCAACGUUGGCGGGACUAUAUGACCGAUUUAGACUAUUUAUCAGGGGGCUCUUUUAA